GCCGGCGACGGCAAAACAUUAUUAUACCAAAAAAGCGCAUAUCUUUUUGCAUUUUUCCAACUUUUCUAUUUUCCAAAAUGGUAAGCUUAUAAGUUCCGGCUGUAGUCAUCUCAUCUUUCUUACCCCGGAUUUAUCCGCAAUCUCGAGCGGGCAAAGGUGGCUGACUUUCUCUCCCUUCCCCUUUUUUUCCAUGCUGUAGAAUACGCAAUCGCUCCGAAUAAGCGAGCGAUCGCAUAGGGAGAUGCGCCAGAAGAGUCAAUUACAUGACCCUUUCUUCGGUCUAAAAGGGUUCGACCCACGUCCGACCUCAGUAGCGACGGAAAUUGUAGAUACCGACUGGGACGAGGAGGACGAUAUCGUUAGCGAGAUAGAAGACGACGACCCAGACUCGCCGCGAAUAAGUUUAAACUCGUCGGGCCAACCGAGUUUUACAACAGUAUCAUCAUACGAUGAAGUACAGACGCCUAGGUCGAGCAGAGCUCGCAAUGCGUUUCCGUUUAACUUUGACUCGUCGAAGCCGGUGGAGGGACCGAGGGGGCCGCAUCUGUUCCGAGCUUCGAUGACAACAUCAUUGAACUCGUUCGAAUACCAGGAGGCCCUCAGCCUAUCGCCGAUAACACCCAAGACCAAACCGUUAGAAGCGGACCAUCGGUUUGCUCUUACUUACGAACCGCCGCCACCUCGUUCUCGGAACAGCCCAUUUCAAUUUACGCACGAGAAAUUAGACCCGGGUGACCUUGCAGCAUGGACGCCGGAGAAGGUGGCGCAAUGGAUGCUCAAUGCUGGCAUUGAAGUCUCAAUUGCCGAGAAAUUCGUCGAAAACGACAUCAACGGGGCUAUCUUAAUUACGUUGAAAUUCGAGGAUCUGCGGGAAUUAGAUAUUCAGUCGUUCGGAGUUCGGACCAAGGUGUGGGAGGAGAUCCACGUCCUGCGGGACCGCGAGGCCGCUGCAUCUUCGCCCAGACUCGACACCCCGAUAGAGGAAGAGGAGAGCAAGGAAGUAAAGAGGGAGCGGAGAAGAGAACAGAUGACGGACGAAGGCAGUGGGGAGCAUCGUAGCCAGAGCGUCAAACGCUCCAAGAGCCAGAAGCGAGGCCAAGGCGGGAAAAAGCCAUCCCACGAAGAUAUCAUCUCGCCCUUGGAGUCGGUAUCCAUCGUCGGGAUCGAGCAGAUGAUGCCCAAGCCACACCACUGCUCGAAAGGAGAAAACUGCGCCAAGUAUAGGAGACAGCAACGGAUGAUCGAGGCUUUCAAGAGAGAUCACCCCUUUGUAGACGUCGAACAGGGCGGCAUCAUCAUGGUUGCCGGAGACCCAGGAAACCCAGAGACAGCACCGGCCAUCAACCGUCCCUCAUCCACUGAGGCGCUGCGUCCCAUGUCUGAUGCCGUGCCUUCAGUAAUCGCGUCGUCGGACGUUCUCGGCCCCGGCAUGCCCCCUUUCCAGUACCUGCAGGAAGCCGCCCUUCGCAAUCUUCAGACACGAGACCCCCUGGACAACGUCCGCCAGUUCCUCGACUUCCAGCACCAGGACUCCGCCGCCUGCUCCAGCGAGGUGCCCCCUACACCUCCCUUCGAGAUCCUGCCGCAGGCGCCUCACGAGGGCUUGCGUGCUCUUCCGAAGCUUUCCAUCCCGGGGUCAUCAAAGCAACAACAACAGCAACAACAACCGCAGCGCCCAUCGCCAAAAUCGCGCGUGGACGCCAACCGAACUCCGCAACCCUCUCAGUACCACUACCCGCAGCGCAUGGAGAGGGCCGAGGCUCUGUCGCCCGAGCUACAAAACGCCCCCUACCGAUUCGGCACGCCCUUCUCAGACAUGGACGUGCCGCUGACGUCCGUACAGCUGGGCCCCGUCGCCCGAGACGCCUCCCAGUCCGUACCGCCCGACAUGAACUACCGCGCGGGCCCCAUCGCAGCAGCCGCAGCAGCAGCUCAAGGACCUCGGUCGCAAUCCCGAGCUUCGCGGCGCCCUUCCCUAGCGCCCGUGGAGGAGGACUCCAUUACUACAGCUAUUACUGAUACUACUCCCGUGGGCCGCGUCGCUCCCCGGUUCCCUCACCACUACCACUCCUCCUCCAUCUCCCCCAAGUCCUCCUCCCCGCCUAAGGUCCCCUCGCGCUCUCACCAACAGCAGCCCCUCCAAGCCCCUCCCCGCGCGCAAUACCCCUGGUCACCCAUCUCCUCGUCCCGCGGAGCUUUUGAGCGCGCCCUCCCGCCCCUACACACCAGCACCACCAGCACCUCGGUCAACGGCAUCGCGGGCCCCCGCUCCCCGCCGGUCGUCAAGGACGCCGAGGGCAUCACGUACCAGGGCCCGGUCAAGAAGCGCAAGACGCGGAUGCUGCGGCACGAGUGGCACGACCAGUACGCGACGCUGAAGGGGACGCGGCUGGCGCUGCACCGGGACGCGGCGAGCAGCAGCCGCUCUCGCGCGCUCGAGUACAUCGACAUCGACGACUACGCGAUCGCGUGCUCGUCGCUGUCGACGGGGUCCAAGCUCAACGCCGCCUUCAAGGCCAUGAGCAUCAGCCGCGUGAAGCUGCACGGGCGCAGCCCCUCGGCGGCCGACUCCGACUCCGUCGCGGCCUUCAGCUUCCAGCUGAUACCGCAGGACCCGGCGUCGAAGAUGAUGGGCCGGCUGCGCAAGCGCGACAGCCAGAGCGUCGGCUCGAACGGGGCUCUGACGAUACCUUCCGGUGCUGGUGCCGGUGCUGGUGCUGCUGGUCCCAGGUUCGAAGGGGCGGUGAAUGGCACGGGGAAGACGCACCAUUUCGCCGUGCGCAGCCGCGACGAGAGGAUCGAUUGGAUGCGCGAGCUCAUGCUGGCUAAGGCCCUGAAGCAGAAGGGCGAGGGGUUCGAGGUUAGCGUUAAUGGGAACAUGAUUUAGACAGAUAUACGCCUAUAUAUCCGUCCGUCCGUCUGUUUGUCUGUCUGUCUACCCACACGCUCACCACCCACCCACCUACCCACCACCAU